ACGUUUACAUAUGUAUUCACGAAUCUGGUUUACCUCGUCAAUGCAGGCAGGGAAACCCUGCGAAUAAGCAGAGCAGCUAGGUCGAAGAAAAUUAAACGUCCUGGCAAGGAUCAAGGCUGAAGCAGGGACAGGUGUUGUAACGGGUACUAGGUUUUUCUCAGGCGAACAACGUUAACCUCGGGACACUGCACAAAGAAAGAAAAAAGAUGAGACAAAAUCUAUCAAGCCAUGAUGACAUAUCACAUCUCUACCUCACUCACAGUAAGCAGAAGUGGUGGCGCUUCACAGUCAGGCCAGUGUCCAGCGCCCCAUGUGCUUUUACUGUUUUGAUGGCCGCCAUCACUUUGUCACUCUACAUCAUCUUCGGGACUCGGCGAUGCGACACGCAAGAGUUUAAGAAAGGAAAGCAUCCAGAUUCAGAAUCGUACAAUGUGCCUUAUCCCUAUAAAUAUCACUUCACCCUGGACCAGCCAGAAAAGUGCCAACACAACCCUUUUCUGGUGAUCAUCAUUCCAGCGGCCCCUAACGACGUGAUGGAACGGAACGCCAUAAGGAAUACGUGGGGGCAGGAGAACCUGGUCCAAGAAAAACACGUCGUGGUUCUGUUCCUACUGGGCUUACCGAGUGGGAGAAACGCAGAAAUACAACAGGCCCGUAUACACCAGGAGAACCUGCGGCACCGGGAUCUGCUUCAGAGCAACUUUGUAGACUCCAGGAAGAACGUGACCAUUAAAACCAUGGUGAUGCUCGAAUGGCUGAGAGAUCGCUGUCCCCAGGCGUAUUACGCCGCGAAAGUGGACAGUGACAUUCUGUUUAACGUUAGAGCUCUGAUAAGUAUGCUGCUUAGUCCCGGCAUCCCUCAGAGGAACUACCUCACUGGCCAGGUGCGGCACGACAGUUCUGCAAUAAGAAACCCAUCGAGCAGGUUUUACAUCCCUCCUGAGGUGUAUUCCACGUCGUUACAUCCGGCAUACCCUUUGGGAAAGUGCUACAUAAUGUCUACGGACCUGCCGGCAAAGAUUCUGAAGGCGUCGAGGAAAAUUAAGCCUAUUUUAAAAGAUGAUCUGUAUAUUGGAUUAUGCCUUGAAUGGCUCCAUAUUGCUCCCACAGACCCUCCAAACCCUGAGCGGUUUGUGUUCACCCCACCUGAACUGUACAACCGGUGCUACUAUUCUGAUCUCAUUGCUGUGAUUAUAUACACUCCCGCUCAGCUGGUCUCCUUAUGGACAGAUAUUCACAAACCAGGCCCACCUUGUUCAUCCUUUGAUUAGUGGUUUUAUGGGCUUAAUGAGUUUAAAUAAGCCAAAGACAUAAUCAAGACACAUUGGAAACAAAAGGAAAAACACUAGUAAACUUAGUGGCAUAGUGUCCACAGACAUUCCAUUGCCAGUGUUGCUUACUGAGAGUAUGACUUACUUUAGUAUUUUGUACUGCAUACUUCAGUUCACUGAAAUCGAAUAAAGUAUGUUCUGAUUACGUUAACUACAUUAUAAAUAAAUACCCAUCUACUUUUGUAUCUUUUCCACAAUUGAUGGUGCGUGCUUGUGCUUUGCCAUUCUGUUAUCUUUAAUAUGGACUGAAGUAUUAAUGCAUUUGGGGUGCACUUUAAAGAUUGAAAUAAAUGGUUAUAUAUCAUAUGCUUACCGACUGAUAGUUAUCGGUCUUUAAUUGUCGAUUGGAUACAACAAAAUAACGGCAACAUAUUUAGCACAAGCAAAUUAAAACUACAUAUCAACGAUGAGACAUUUUAUUAACUGUCUAGGUAUCCAAAAUGUGACUGAGAAGAAUAUAUGCCUGGUACAAAUCUUGGGCCUUGGGGUAAAAUGAUAAAUGGAUCAUGGUACGCCAUUAAAAGGGAAUGUCAAAUAGACAUACUGUUAACAUUCUUGUACACCCAUAUAGAUGAUGAUUUAAAAAAUCCACUGUAAAGAUGUACGGUUUUUUAAAAUGUUUAAGACAGGGUUGCAUCAUCCUUUUUAAUUUGUGAUUUGUAAUUUAAUUAGCUUACAAACUGGAUCACUUUUUUUUUU